AUGGCCAGGGAAUUCAUGCGGCAACAUGUCAGGCAUCGCUACCGGCAUUCUCAAAAAACAGACCGCCCAAGUUCAGAUCUCGCUCGAGUAGCACGACAAGGGCUAUCAACGCUCCAACGUGCCAACCAGGGUUACCAGCGCCCUCUGGAGAGAGUGUUGUUCAUGUCUUAUGGCCGCAUCGGCAGGCGAAGACAUGAUCUUCUGUCACAGUUGAUGAAGCCAGCAGUGCCUCAGAAUAGUGAGGCUGUAAAAGAACUUCUUUCGCAGCCUAUAUUAUUCGAAGAUGGCUGGGAGCCGCCAGAGAUUGUGCUCAGUCUUGCUAAAUCCCAAAUGCAUAAUGGUGUGUUGACAUCGUCACGGAUACGGCCCGCAUUGAAGAGUCUUCACCCUCCUAUACCCGAAACAAAUAGCUGGGGCAAGCCAAUGCCUUCCAUACGGCGUACCAACAUCCGGAAACGGUGGUACGGUAACUUGUUGGAGACCCUUUUACCACCGCUUCCUGAGAAAGAGCUUCAAGUAUUGGAUGGCUUGAUUGAAGGUACCGGGGACUGGGCUCCUUCGCGGCGGCGAAAGUCAGGAACAGCUACAUCGUCUCAGAAUGCCGUGGAAGGCCUUGAUGGUAACCAUCUCCUCGACUUUUUGAUUCGAGGGCCUCAAAAGGAUUACACGUUUCGUGAAUUUGCAAAUGGCCGGCCCCAUGCAAUUACUUAUCGCUUCAUGCGUCGACUCUGGAGGCGGGUGUCCUCUUUGGUUCCUCGCAUGCAUCACAAUCCCUUUUCGAACAAGGCUUAUUUUGUUUGGGACAGUCCCAAAGUCAUGCCUCAACUAGCAUUUGAGAUAGACAAGGAUGUAAGUGUUGAGGACAUCUUUGGUCCGGUGACUGGAAGCCGUUCAGGGCAAGACGCCCAACCGAAUGAGCAAAGUACUGGCUCAUCAAGGCCGGAGGUCCCCGUAUAUGUCAAACAAGCCUCUGGAGUCAAGCUCUAG